CUCCCCACCCCUCCCGCCCGUCUCCUGCCCGGUGGUGGACGAUGCGGCGGCGGCAGCGGCCGCAGCCCCGGCAGCGGCCCCGGCGGUGGCUGCGGUGGGGGUGGCCGGAACUCGGGUGGUGAGGCGGCGGCGGUAGCGGCGGUGGCGGCGGCGGCGGCGGCGGCCGGAGGGGCGGCAGCUGCCCCGCCGCUCUCCCGGCGCUUCCCUUCCUCCUGAGGGCACAGCCAGGAAGUUUCUCGCUCCCGUGCAUGUGUGCGCGCGUGAGUGUGGGUGUCCGCGGGGAAGGCUCGGGCGGCGCUGGUGCCGGCGCCGGGGCUUUUUUGCCCACUUCGCUUCCCGUAACCCGGGAGCCGGGGCUGCUGCCCGGGGAGGGGGCGCGGCGGGCGGCGGGCUCCCUCCUUUUGUUGUUGUUGUUUCCUCCGCCCGGAGUACUGACUGGCUGGGGGUGGGGGGACGCGCCCGGGCGGGGCGGCUCGGAGCCCGGGCCUGGUGGCCCGCGGGGCUCCCGGGCGGGCCGGGCUUCAACAUGAUGGCCGCCGAGGCCGGCGGUGAGGAGGGCGGCCCGGUGGCCGCCGGGGCUGCGGGCGGCGGCGGCGCGGCCGCGGGCGCCGGUUCCUACCCGGCGGCGGCGUGUCGGGUGAAGAUCCCCGCGGCCCUGCCGGUGGCGGCCGCCGCCCCCUAUGCCGGGCUGUCGGCGGAGGGCAGAGUGGCCGCCGGGACGCUGGAUGGCGGAGCGGCUCUGGGACCGGGACUCCUGGGAGCCGGGUCCGGGGCAGGGGCGCUGGCGGGAGCCGGACUGUCAGGGGGAGGCGCCGCCGCCGCCGCCGGACCCGGCGGGGAGAUGGCUCUGCCUAAGGGGACCACCGCGUCGUUGUCCGGCGAGACCUUCGGGGCCGGCGGCGGCGGCGGCGGCGGCUUCCCUCCUCUGCCGCCGCCUCCCCACCUGCCCGCCCUGGGCGCGGGCCUGGGCACCGUGGACGAAGGGGACUCUCUGGAUGGACCGGAAUACGAGGAAGAAGAGGUGGCCAUCCCGCUGACCGCUCCUCCGACCAACCAGUGGUAUCAUGGAAAACUUGAUAGAACUAUGGCAGAAGAACGCCUCAGACAGGCAGGAAAGUCCGGCAGUUACCUUAUAAGAGAGAGUGAUCGGAGGCCAGGGUCUUUUGUGCUUUCAUUUCUUAGCCUGACAAAUGUUGUCAACCAUUUUAGGAUUAUUGCUAUGUGUGGAGAUUACUACAUUGGUGGAAGACGUUUUUCUUCACUGUCAGACCUAAUAGGUUAUUACAGUCAUGUUUCCUGUUUGCUUAAAGGAGAAAAAUUGCUUUAUCCAGUUGCACCACCAGAGCCAGUAGAAGAUAGGAGGCGUGUUCGAGCCAUUCUGCCUUACACAAAAGUUCCAGACACUGAUGAAAUAAGUUUCUUAAAAGGAGAUAUGUUCAUCGUUCAUAAUGAAUUAGAAGAUGGGUGGAUGUGGGUUACAAAUCUAAGAACAGAUGAACAAGGCCUAAUUGUUGAAGACCUGGUAGAAGAAGUGGGCCGGGAAGAAGAUCCACAUGAAGGCAAAAUAUGGUUCCAUGGGAAAAUUUCCAAACAAGAAGCUUAUAAUUUACUAAUGACAGUUGGCCAAGUCUGCAGUUUUCUUGUGAGGCCCUCAGACAAUACUCCUGGUGACUAUUCACUUUAUUUUCGGACCAAUGAAAAUAUUCAGCGAUUUAAAAUAUGUCCAACACCAAACAAUCAGUUUAUGAUGGGAGGCCGAUAUUACAACAGUAUUGGGGACAUCAUAGAUCACUAUCGAAAAGAACAAAUUGUUGAAGGAUAUUAUCUUAAGGAACCUGUACCAAUGCAGGAUCAAGAACAAGUACUCAAUGAUACAGUGGAUGGCAAAGAAAUAUAUAAUACAAUUCGUCGAAAAACAAAAGAUGCCUUUUAUAAAAAUAUUGUUAAAAAAGGUUAUCUUCUAAAAAAGGGCAAAGGAAAACGGUGGAAAAAUUUAUAUUUUAUUUUAGAGGGCAGUGAUGCCCAACUUAUUUAUUUUGAGAGUGAAAAACGAGCUACAAAACCAAAAGGAUUAAUAGAUCUCAGUGUAUGUUCUGUCUAUGUUGUUCAUGACAGUCUCUUUGACAGGCCAAACUGUUUUCAGAUAGUAGUUCAGCACUUUAGUGAAGAACAUUACAUCUUUUACUUUGCAGGCGAAACUCCAGAACAAGCAGAGGAUUGGAUGAAAGGUCUGCAGGCAUUUUGCAAUUUACGGAAAAGUAGUCCAGGGACAUCUAAUAAACGCUUGCGUCAGGUCAGCAGUCUUGUUUUACAUAUUGAAGAAGCCCAUAAACUCCCAAUAAAACAUUUUACCAAUCCAUAUUGCAACAUCUACCUGAACAGUGUCCAGGUAGCAAAAACUCAUGCAAGGGAAGGCCAAAACCCUGUAUGGUCAGAAGAGUUUGUCUUUGAUGAUCUUCCUCCUGACAUCAACAGAUUUGAAAUAACUCUUAGUAAUAAAACAAAGAAAAGUAAAGAUCCUGAUAUCUUAUUUAUGCGCUGCCAGUUGAGCCGGUUACAGAAAGGGCAUGCCACGGAUGAAUGGUUUUUGCUCAGCUCCCAUAUACCAUUAAAAGGUAUUGAACCAGGAUCCUUGCGUGUCCGAGCACGAUAUUCUAUGGAAAAAAUCAUGCCUGAAGAAGAAUACAAUGAAUUUAAAGAGCUUAUACUGCAAAAGGACCUUCAUGUAGUCUAUGCUUUAUCACAUGUGUGUGGACAGGACCGAACACUACUGGCUAGCAUCCUACUGAGGAUUUUCCUUCAUGAAAAGCUUGAAUCAUUGUUGCUAUGUACACUAAAUGACAGAGAAAUAAGCAUGGAAGAUGAAGCCACUACCUUAUUUCGAGCCACAACACUUGCAAGCACCUUGAUGGAGCAGUAUAUGAAGGCCACUGCUACACAAUUUGUCCAUCAUGCUUUGAAAGAUUCCAUUUUAAAGAUAAUGGAAAGCAAGCAAUCUUGCGAGUUAAGUCCAUCAAAAUUAGAAAAAAAUGAAGAUGUGAACACUAAUUUAGCACACCUUUUGAACAUACUUUCAGAGCUUGUGGAGAAAAUAUUCAUGGCUUCAGAAAUACUUCCACCGACACUGAGAUAUAUUUAUGGGUGUUUACAGAAAUCUGUUCAGCACAAGUGGCCUACAAAUACCACCAUGAGAACAAGAGUUGUUAGUGGUUUUGUUUUCCUUCGACUUAUCUGUCCUGCCAUCCUGAAUCCACGGAUGUUUAACAUCAUCUCAGAUUCCCCAUCUCCCAUUGCUGCAAGAACACUGAUACUAGUGGCUAAGUCUGUACAGAAUUUAGCUAAUCUUGUGGAAUUUGGAGCUAAGGAGCCCUAUAUGGAAGGAGUCAAUCCUUUCAUCAAAAGUAAUAAACAUCGUAUGAUCACGUUUUUAGAUAAACUUGGGGAUGUACCUGAACUUCCGGACACUACAGAGCAUUCUAGGACAGACCUGUCCCGUGAUUUAGCAGCAUUGCAUGAGAUUUGUGUGGCCCAUUCAGAUGAACUGAGAACGCUCAGUAAUGAGCGUGGUGCACAGCAGCAUGUACUGAAAAAGCUUCUGGCUAUAACAGAACUGCUUCAACAAAAACAAAACCAGUAUACAAAAACCAAUGAUGUCAGGUAGCAGCCUUCACCCAAGUGUCUGCAUGGAUUCAGCAUGGUAAUUCACAUCAGUAUGUCUCCUUUGCUCUUGCCAAAAAAUAGCACACCUUUCCACAUUCCAGUGAUGUGUGAGCUAUGCAAACAAACCCUAAAUUCUGCUGGUGAAUAACUGUACCAGCAGCUUUGUAAGCUAUCUGUGCAGGAUAUUUGCACUUUUUCCACAUAUGGAAUCAAUCUUUACCAACCUCUGAGCCUUGGUGUACAGAUCACCUUUCAUACAACAAAUGACUGUAUCUUGAACUUUGAGAAUAUAUUUUCAAUACAUCCAAUUGCCAAAGUUUUGCUGUCUCUUGGGAAAAGAACUAUGAAAUCAACUGACAAGAAAAAGCAUUCUGUCAAUGAGUAUAACUGGAUUGCAUACGGUUCUUACUGUAACUUCUUCCUGAUUAGGAAUACGACCGUUUGACUGUUAUUUGUUACAGUUUCCAGAAUUUGCCAUUAUAAUAGGAACAACCUUUGCUGUAUACUUUUUUAAAAUACUGUGCUACUUCUCUUGCUAGAACUGUUGAAAGAAAAUAUAUAGAUGGAAUAUUGACUCAUCAGCUUUAUUUUUUAAACAUACCACUUAUUUGUUCAAACUGUAUUUAGAUCUCAUAAUGCUUUUGUUAAAUGUUUACAACAGUAAAUAGUUUAAAUUCAAUAAAUAUUGGUCAUUGUACUGAUCGAUGCAUGUUACCCAAA